UUAAUUUAGAGCAAUUAAUUAACAUCAUUUAUAGUUGAUGGAGUCCGUUUUUGCACUACAGGUAAAAUGUGCUAGUAGACUAGUAGUAAAACAUUUGGCUGGCAACCAGAAGGUUGGGGUUCAAAUUACCUCUGCUGAAAUUACUGUCUUAAUCUAUUUCUCCACACAGCGCCUUUGUUUAAAAAUUUUAGUUGCGAAAAGAAUGCUUGCAAGUGUAGCUAAUUAUGAAUAUAAAACAUUAAAAGUAUCAAGUCCAAGUAAUCAUAUUCUACAUGUUGAACUCAAUAGACCAGACAAAAGAAAUGCCAUGAACCAACAAUUUUUUAUAGACAUCAGAAAAUGUUUUGAACAAAUCAAAGAUGAUAGCAGUGCAAGAGCUGUUAUUCUUUCGGGUUCUGGGAAGCUGUUUACCUCAGGUUUAGACCUUAUGAGUUAUAUGCCACAUUUAAUGCCUAAAACAGACGAGGAUGUUGGUCGUAGAGCAUUUCAACUAAGAACCAUGGUUUCUGAAAUGCAAAAUUCAUUUACAGCAAUUGAAAAGUGUCACCAGCCUGUAAUUGGUGUCGUUCAUUCAGGUUGUGUUGGUGGUGGAAUUGACUUAAUUUGUGCAUGUGAUAUUCGGCUUUGCACAAAGGAUAGUUGGUUUACAAUUAAGGAGGUUGACCUUGGUUUAGCUGCAGAUCUUGGUACAUUACAAAGGUUACCAAAGGUUAUUGGUAACCAGAGUUUAGUACGUGAGUUGGCAUUCACUGCAAGAAAAAUGUUUGCUGAUGAAGCGCUUUCAUGCGGCUUAGUGAGUCGUUUGUAUGAUGACAAAGAAACAAUGCUGCUCCAUGCAACUGAAUUAGCUAUUGAAAUUGCUUCUAAAAGUCCUGUUGCUGUAGCAACAACUAAACAUCAAUUAAACUAUGCAAGAGAUCAUACCGUUGAAGAAGGCUUAGAUUAUAUUCUCUCCUGGAACAUGGGACUGUUGCAAACAAAAGAUCUUAUAGUUGCUGGAAAGGCAUCCAUGGAAAAGUCACUUCCUGUGUUUGAAAAUAUGCAUUCAAAACUUUAAUAUUUAAAGUUUAGUUUAAAUAUUUAGUUUUAAAAAAAGUGUUUUUAUUCAACAUUUCCAAAUAAAUAUUUCAACAAUU